AGACCAGAGUGCUCACAGGUUCUUCUUGUCUGUUUCCUAAAGCUUCUCCUAAAAUUUCUCAACAUGAACGUGCUCGGUGUGCUGUCCUGCCUCAGCCUGCUGCUGGCUGCUGCUGUCGCCCAGGACCCAAAACCUUGUGUUUCUCCCCCACUGAUGAGUGGAGGUGUCAGUGUGAUGGCUGCCAACGGACUCGUCAUGUCCACAGGAACAAUAAGCUAUGAUGCUUUUGGCCAGAAGAUGCGAAUUAGAAACUUCUGGCUUGUUGGCAAUCAGACCUUUGCUCUGGACCAGCUGAUGCUUUUCAGUCAGAAAGUCUAUUAUGAGAUAGACUGGAGCAAACUAGCUUGCAAGAAGAAAGCACUGGACACCACCUUCAUUCCUAUGCAAGUUCCUUCUGAUGCUAAACUGAUGGGCCAAGUAUUCAUGGGCUCCUCUUCCUCCUGGGGAAUGGGUGUGCUAGUCAACACCUGGCAUGGAGACCUGCCACAUAAUGGCAAGCAUAUGACUGUCUUCACUGAGGUUGGCUGCAUCCCUAUGACUUUCACUGCUUACACCCCAGCAUCUGGAUGGACCACUGUCAGCACCUUUAACUGGGUAGUGGGCAACACAAACCCCAUGGACUACAUCCCUCCUUUAUUCUGUGCCAGAUCUAAGCUGGAAGAGACAGAGACACCAGACACCAUGUUUACUGCUUUGGAGUCUCUGGCCAUGAAGACCAAGAAAGAGGAGUAAACAUCUGGAGCAGCUCACCAGAAAUAAUCACUGAUACUGCUACCACCAGAGUAGCAGAGCUAAAUUUGAGUUGAUUCAGUAAUCAUCAUGGAAUAUAAUGUUGUUUAGAUUAACACAAUUUUUAAAGUUGUUUCAACCUGCUAAGCCACAAUAUAGCCACCAGACAACACAACAAGUCAGGGAUGCAUGUGAAAGUCAUUUUAAUACGCUCUUGAUAUAUCACCUGGGGUAUCAAUGGGGUAAAAACCCACACACCUCAUUCUUUGGUAUU